UACAAAAUGGCUUAUACUGCAUUCCAAGGCAAACCCACUUCUCCAGUUGGGCAUGAACAUACCAUUAGAGCAAAGGAGCUAAAACUUUACAGUGUUCUAAAUUCUUCUAUCCUGAAGGAGAGUAGAUUAAAAAUACGUAUAAAUCAGAUAAGAAUUCAAAGCUUGAGAAUUUCUAAUGAAUCUCUGGAGCAGGUGAAUAUGCUAAAAAGUUAUAAUAAGAUUAGAUUUACUGUGAAUAAAAUGAAAAGGUUGUACGUUGGAUAUAAGGGAAAGUCAAACCCGAACCAAAUCUCAGAAUUUAUCCGGUCAUGAUUUCCAAAGAGAUUAGAUGAAUGGGUAGUUCAUGGAAAAAACCAAAUGGUAUCUACCACAAUUCCUUCCUCAAUCCUAUACAAAAAUCUAAGCUUUACUCUAAGCAAUGUUUUGUUUACCCGCCUAAAAUUCAAAAGAGAAGAUGUUCCAAAAAUCAUCUUUUUCGGAAGACAUAUCCCUUUAAUAGAAUUCUCCCUCUGCGAAAUCCUUGAUAUCAACUACCCCAAAGCAAUGUUGUCUCACACCCAAAACCCCAAUGGAGAACUACUUCUUCCAUCCCGAUCAAGCUUCAAGCGCAAGCACCUCACCUUCGUUAGGUGCUUUCUCAGAAAUAAUCAUCCUUCAGGCAUGGAAUCUGAUGCCAUCUGCAGCAUCAUUACUGGACUGCUCAAAUCAGUCUUCAAGGACUCCUUGAACGAAGUCAAUUUCAAAGGUGUUAACCAGCUUAGCGACAGGAACAGAAUGCUGCAGUCAUUAGAGUUUGACAGAGUUAGUGUGGAAUGAAAGAAGCAUCAAGUGAAGUUUAAGUUUUUAUAAGAGAUUAGUUCAAGGAAUUUUGAAAGCUAAGAAGGACCUUAAAAUAUCCAUUAGAGGUUUAAAUAUUCGAAAGACAGCUGUUUAAUUUUCACUACGAAUAAAAGUAAAGUCACCAUUCAGUAUAAUCCACGAAAAGGAUAAUUUCAGACUCAAUAAUAGGUACUUGGAAGAUAGUCAAGUUGGAAAUCAGCGGGAUUCUUUAUGAUUUUUAUUGGGUAUAUUAAACCCCUUCUUCAAAGAUCAUUCUCAAACUAAGCUAAAUUUUCAUACAAUCAAAUUGGAUCUAAUAUUUUUAUGUAAGCUCUCUUUGUAUCGUAUUUUGGCUAAAAUUAAC